AUGGCGACUGCGAACGGUCCUGAAGAUGUUCCGGGUUUUCCUGCUGCUAUGCAAUCAUCAUUUACUAUCGACUCAUUCGACCGACACCGGAUGAAAUGGUCGAGAUGGGUGGAGCGGCUGGAAGGUGCUUUUGUUUUGUUCGGAGUACGGGAGGAAUCGAAACGUUACAUGCUGCUGCACUUCAUGGGAGGUGAAACAUACGAUAUUAUAUGUGAUAAAAUAGCUCCACAGAAACCACAAACACUGACGUAUGCAGAAAUUGUUCGUUUGCUGGAGACUCACUUCAACCCAGAGCCCUUGGAGAUACUGGAAAAUUUUCGCUUCAAGAGCAGAAAGCAAGGAGAUGACCGUCCGGAAGAAACCAUCGAUGAGUAUUUGAUAGCAUUACGGAAGCUCGCUAUCACUUGCAAUUUUGGGGAAUAUCUCAAUACGGCCUUGCGAAAUCAGUUGGUGUUUGGGUUGAAGGACAGAGCAAUACAAUCUCGACUGCUGGAAGUUCGUAAUUUAACCCUCGACCGAGCUCGAGAAAUUUCUGUUUCGAUGGAACUGUCAUCAAAGGGUGGUAGAGAGAUUCAGUCGAAACAAGGUAAACCGGAUGUUAAUCUGGUGGAAUCGUCCAGAAGCGGUACAAAAACGAAGGUAAAAAAAUCUAAUACAAAUGCGAAAUGCAAUGAAAGCGCCGGGUCGAAUAAAAAAGGAUGCUAUCGUUGCGGGAACACUGCUCAUUUCGCAAACAAGUGUCCGCACAUUACGACUGUUUGUCAUUUCUGCAAAAUGAAAGGACACCUACAGAAAGUGUGUCUAAAGGCAAAAAAGGAAAAGAAACCUGAAGCUAACUUACUAGACGAUACUGAUUCUAAUGAUAGUCAGUGUACGAAUGAAGUUAUUACGUUGGAUGAAGUGUGCAAGUUGGAGAGAAACGGCAAGUCAUACGCCUCCAAAUUUUGGUUGGAAAUGAAUGUCAACAAUACUGUCAUCCGAUUCGAGGUCGAUACUGGAGCUCCUGUUACGAUUGUUAGUAGGGAGGACAAGAAGAAAUAUUUUGCUGCCGACAAAUUGCUACCGUCAGACUUGGAACUUGUUAGCUUCUGUAAUACACGAAUCAAUAUCGACGGAAUGCUGAAUGUAAGAGCAGAGUACUGCGAUAAAGUUUAUUCAUUGCCGAUUUACGUUUCAAAUGUGAAGAAACAUCCGUUGUUGGGACGCCAGUGGAUGCGAGAGAUGCAGAUUAAUCUGAACAAUAUUGCUUAUGCCGGUGUACAUACAGUCUGUGCUGCUGCUGUUUUACCGAGUGUUACGCCUGCAGCUGUAAAAUCGUUAGUUGAACGAUAUGCGAAUUUGUAUGACCCGUCGAUUGGAAGAAUCCACGGAUUAUCUGCGAAGCUGGUACUCAAGUCUAAUACGAAUCCUGUGUACAUCAAAGCACGACCAGUACCAUUUUCGAUACGAAGUGCUGUUGAGGAUGAACUUGACUAUUUGGAGCAAAAUGGUGUGUUGCAGAAAGUAAACCAUAGUGCGUGGGCAACGCCCAUUGUUCCAGUGAUGAAAUCUAAUAAUAAAGUGAGGCUAUGCGGCGAUUAUAAGAUCUCGGUCAAUCCGAAUCUGAAAGUCGACGAUCAUCCAUUGCCGACGAUUGAGGAACUCUUUGUCAACGUAGCUGGCGGCAAAAAGUUUACGAAGAUCGAUUUGAGUCAGGCCUAUCUACAACUGGAGGUCGAAAAGGAUGAUCAAGAGAUACUAACCUUGAACACACAUAAGGGUUUGUAUCGGCCUACACGGUUGAUGUAUGGAAUUGCGGCGGCGCCUGCCAUUUGGCAGCGUUUGAUGGAACAAGUACUGAAUGGGAUACCUGGCGUUACGGUUUUCUUGGACGAUAUACGUGUCACCGGUUCGAAUGAUACUGAGCAUUUACAAAGACUUGAAGAGGUUUUGAAGCGGCUAAGUUCAUACAACAUGCGAAUAAAUUUGGACAAAUGCCAAUUCUUUGCGAACGAAAUCGAAUACUGUGGAUACCUAAUCAACAAGGAGGGGAUUCAUAAAGUCAAAAAGAAAAUUGAUGCUGUCCAGAACAUGCCGGUUCCGGAAAACAAGGAUCAAGUACGAUCGUUUGUAGGGUUAGUGAACUACUACGGUAGAUUCUUUCCGAAUCUAAGUACAAUGUUAUACCCCCUCAACAAUCUUCUGAAGAAUACUGUGCCUUUUGUCUGGACGAAGCAAUGCGAGGAGGCGUUUAACAAGGUUAAGCAAGAAAUGCAGUCGGACAAAUUUCUGGUUCACUACGAUACAACGUUGCCGCUAGUACUGGCUACAGACGCAUCGCCAUACGGGGUCGGUGCUGUACUAAGCCAUAUGUACGAGGAUGGUUCGGAGAGACCUAUCCAAUACGCUUCUCAAACACUGAAUGCUACACAGCAAGCCUACAAACAAGUCGAUCGAGAGGCAUACGCGAUAAUUUUCGGGGUACGCAAAUUUUAUCAGUACCUGUACGGGAAAAGAUUCACGCUGAUUACGGAUAACGAACCGUUGAAGCAGAUCUUUUCUGAUACAAAAGGAUUGCCAAAGAUGUCUGCGCUAAGGAUGCAGCAUUAUGCAACAUUCUUACAGUCUUUCAACUACAGCAUACAGUUCAGGCCGACGAGUAAGCACUGCAAUGCUGAUGCGUUUUCGCGAUUACCGCUGAAACAACAGGUUCCUAACAAUGUAGUGGAAGAAUCUGAUCUACUUGAAGUCAACAUAAUCGAGACACUACCGCUGACCAUAGAGGAAUUAUCGAAAGCCACUUCUACGGAUCAGAAUGUGAAAGUUUUGGUUCAAGGUUUGCGGAGUGGCAGAACCGUUGAACCAAAAGAUCGUUUCGGAGUUGAUCAAGAAGAGUUUACGCUUCAACAGAACUGUGUCAUGCGAGGAAUACGAGUCUACGUUCCACCAAGUCUGCGAGGAAAGGUUCUUGCUGAAUUACAUUCCACGCAUUUCGGAACAUGCCGACUAAAGUCUCUGGCUCGGGGAUACGUUUGGUGGGAAGGAGUCGAUAAGGACAUAGAGAAUAUGGUGCGAAAUUGUAGUUACUGUCAGUCCACUAGGGCUGAACCCGCCAAAGUACCGACACACUGCUGGGAGGUUGCAAGACAACCGUUCGAGAGAGUUCACGUCGAUUUUGCUGGACCGUUCAUGAACACCUAUUUCAUUGUACUGGUAGACGCAUAUUCAAAAUGGCCGGAAGUUCGAAUCCUGAAUAACAUCACAACUGCGACGACUAUUCAAAUUUGUCGCGAAUACUUUGCUACGUACGGAAUACCAUCUGUUUUAGUCAGCGAUCACGGAGUGCAGUUUACAUCGGAUGAGUUCCAACGUUUCCUCAAAAUGAAUGGAGUCUACCACAAGAUGGGUGCGCCCUAUCAUCCUGCGACAAAUGGGCAAGCUGAACGGUUUAUUCAAACCCUUAAGGCAAAACUUAAGAGUCUACGAUGCGAUAAAACAACGAUGCACGCCGAGCUAUGCAAUAUUCUUUUGAGUUACAGGAAAACAGUACAUCCUGCGACCGGAAAAUCACCAUCGGUGAUGCUUUUCAACCGACAAAUUCGUUCUCGUCUUGAUUUGAUGAUUCCAAAUACUGCGGCUGUUUCGAGGGACGUUGAAGGAAAAGUUCGUUGUCUUCCUGAGGGGACGAGAGUUGCAGCGCGAGAUUAUUUGGACAAAACUAAAUGGAAGUACGGAGUGGUCACUGAGAAACUUGGUAAGCUGCAUUACAAUAUUGAACUGGACGAUGGCCGAACGUGGAAGCGACACAUCGACCAGCUGCGAGAGAUUGGUCCGAACUUAACUACAAACCGAACCGUGUACGAUAUAAUUGUUCCUGAAGACGACAGUACAGGACCCGAAACCGAAAAACCGGAUGCUGCUUCUACGGAGUAUGCGACGCCCUGUGUACCUUCAUCCAGUAAAGAAAUACCUGCUGUACGAUCGUUGCCCGUUAAGGAUAAGAAGAACCAGGUUGCUGAGAAUUACCCUGUAUCGAGAUCUGUUCUGGAGAAUCCUGCUGUACCAAUUAACGACCAUUCUCCAAGAAGAUCGAGUAGAAUCAUCAGACCACCGAGAAGACUUGAUUUGUAA